AUACCAUUGUAGAUACCUCUGUUCCAGUUGUUGAUGAAUGGGUUACAUCCUCAGAUGGUGUUGAAAUAUAUACUAGAACUUGGAAGGCAGUAUCAGAUAAACCUAUCGCUACAGUAGUAUUCCUUCAUGGUUUUGGAGACAUGUUAAACGUUACAACCAUAAAUAAAAAUUCAACAAGACUGGUUGCUCAAACUGAUAUCACUGAAGCUUUAAUAUCUCGACGAAGAGAGGGAAUUCCUCAAUUUUUGAUGGGCCAUAGCAUGGGAGGUUGUCUUAUACUAAACUAUGUUCUUGAUGGGCCUGAAAAACACAAUAUAGCAGGUCUUCUCUGUGUAUCUCCUUUGAUUCAACUUACACCUAACGCUAAGCAGGUUAUUUCACUUUACGUUCUUCAUGUCGCCAGUAAGUUAUUGCCGAAUGUAAAAUUGAAUACUGUAAAUGCAAAUUGCCUUUCCCGUGAUCCAAUCGAAAUUAAAAAAUACAAGGAAGAUCCUUUGGUUUGUUGUGUGGCUUCUUUACGUAACAUUAAUGAUAUGAUUUCAGAUGGAAAAUCACUAAUGAAAAAGAAAUAUAUAGAUAUAAACAUUCCAAUUUAUAUUGCACACGGCACCGAGGAUAUGAUUACUGAUCCAAAUGCUUCUAAACUAUUAAUUGAAAAGACAACAUCUAAAGAUAAAACAUUUCAUGCAUGGGAUGGUCGUUAUCAUGAAUUGCAUAAUGAUUACGAUAAUACAGAAGUUAUUAAGAGUUACAUUCAAUGGAUUCUUAAACAUGCCAAAUCUGAGUCCAGAGAGUAA